AUGGAAGGAUUCAAGUUUAGGAGAGGAAUGGCUGUAGAAGUGAAUCUAGAUGAAGAAAAUCCAAAUGAUGAUUGGUUCCCAGCGAUUUUUCUUCAGAAGGUUAACUUUAAUUCUUUCUUGGUGGAGUAUUACAACUCAAGUAACAAAGACAAGAGUGGCCCUAUUGAAGUAGCGGUUGAUUUAUUCCACAUCCGACCUCCUCCUCCUAACUUGGAGGUUGAAAAGUUUGAACUUUUGGAAAAAGUAGAUGCUUUCUAUGAUUCUGCUUGGCGGCUUGGCUCCAUUACCAAAAUUCCGUCUGAGAGAAGGUACACUGUCUUUCUAAGGCAUGGAAGGCAUGGAAAGCGGGAGAAGGAAUUUAGCCACUCAGAAUUAAGGCCACACAUGAAUUUCGUGGAUGGAAACUGGGUUAGUAAUUCCAAGCACAAACAGAAAACUGCAAGUUGUGAACAACUGUUGGGGAAUGCCAACGACGAUGCGGCAAGUGCUAAGGUAGCCACUCAACUUGAAUAUUCAAGAUCUGCAAAGGAUAAGAUUGAAGAGAAAACCCCUUGUAAAAAUUUAAGGAAGAAUCCAAUGAGGCAGUCAACUCCACCUGACAAUGGACCUACACUUUCGGAUCGUUCAAAGAAAUUUAGAACGAAAUACUCUGUCCAAGAGUGUCAUGUAAAGUCAAUGCCAGAUGAGAACCAAUACCAAGAAGCACAAGCUCCCAUUGGCACAGUAACUAUAUGUUCAAAACAUUCUUUGGUUUGCAAUAAGCCUUCCACUGAAAAUGAGAACCAUUUCAAGGAGACAGGUAAUGAAGAAUCUGCAGCAGAGAAUACUGUGGAAGGAAGGGAAAUACCAUCAAAUUCACUAGUAAAAAGGCAGCUGGUUGUUGGAGCAGUGGAGAAGAACCCAGAAGGAUACUCUGCUGAAGACAUUACUGAACUUGAGUGUAAAACCAAAGAAAUUGACUCAUGUGUUGUCUUAGCUGCGGAGAUGAGGGACUUCCCUUCAGAUAACUCUUGUCAACUUAGUGGUCAGGACAUACUGAAUGCUCCAUAUGGUCAAGAACAGCUAGGGCAUUGCAGCAACAAUGAUGCAGUUAUUCAACUUGAAUGUUCAACUGCUGCCGAGGGUGACAUUAAAGAAAUUAUUGCAGUUGUGGCCGAAACAUCAGACAGCACCUCCAAUGAUGGUCAACCUCUAUCGUUGCGCUUUGAAGGUAUACACUCUAUGAUGGUUUUGGGUGCCUGA